AUGCAUCUCUCAGACGAGGAUGAGCUCAACCUAGAGCUGCCUAGGAUCACAGAGGUCAACAGGGAUCUAUUCAGCAGCGAAGUGGAAAAACUCGACGACGACAUCGAAGCUUUUGAUGUCGAUGAAUUUUUGCUAAGGAACAAUUGCAACUUCAUGCCUCUUGAUUUCCUCAUAGGAGAUUUAUCAAAACUGUCGCAAGAUAUGGUCGAGGUGCUUCUGGAGAAGGUGACGACUAAGUACAAUGACUACCUCGAUUUUUGUGAGCCUUACAUGAAUGAAAAGAAUCAGAAUGUGGUCGAACUGCAAGAGACAAUGGCAGAUCUUAAAGGAUUCCGAAUGCGUUUGGAACAGCUAUCCUGCAGGGACUUGGCAAGAACCCAGGAAGUAAUCAGUGAUGCAGUAGAUUAUCUUCGCAAAUUGGAUGAAAUGUCGCGUCAGUUGCAAAGCCACCUGCAAAUACCCGAAAUGAUCUACCUGGCGGGCCAAAUAAGUAAGAGCCUUCAUGCAAUGUGUGGUACUGAGCCAUUGGAGCAGCAAUUGUGUACAGAACUUACAACCCAAUUAGGUUCCCUGAUACACAAAAUUCGCUCGCAACUGGAAGAGCUGUCGGCUCUGGACUCUUCCUACGUACAUCAUCUGCGCAAUGAGUACCACGGGCUGCUUCAGGGAGCUCAAAUCUCGCUAAAGAUUCUCACCGACAAGUGCCUCGAGGAUGUUCACAAUUACGAGCCUCUAGCACGGACCUUGUUGUCACUACUGUCAGCCAAGCCGCUCGACGAACCAAAUCCAUCAGACUCUACGUAA